GGUAACACAAUGCCAGCUGAGCGCAAAAAGCCAGCAAAUAUGGAAGAGAAAGAAUCUCCGUUAAAUAAUAAGGACAAAGAAUUCAGCGAAAGGCGACCAGUAAGCACCAGGGAGAAGCCAAAAGAAGAUGUCAAGGUUGGUGUGAAGAGAGAGACUUUAAAGGUUCCUGAAGAUAAAAAGAAAAAACUGGAAGAGGAUAAAAGAAAAAAGGAAGACAAGGAGCGGAAGAAAAAAGAAGAGGAUAAAGUAAAGGCAGAAGAAGAGCAAAAGAAGAAAGAAGAAGAAGAAAAAAAGAAACUUGAAGAGGAGGAGAAAAAGAAACAAGAGGAGGAAGAGAAAAAGAAACAAGAAGAAGCAGCUGCUCAACUGAAAGAAAAAGAGGAAGCACAUCAGCUCCAUCAAGAGGCUUGGGAACGCCAUCAGGCAAGGAAAGAGCUUCGCAGCAAAAACCAGAAUGCACCAGACAAUCGCCCUGAGGAAAACUUCUUCAGCAGACUGGAUUCCAGUCUGAAGAAGAACACAGCUUUUGUGAAGAAGCUAAAAACCAUUACAGAGCAACAAAGGGACUCCUUGUCCCAUGACUUUAACAGCCUGAAUUUAAGCAAAUACAUUGCAGAAGCUGUAGCUUCUAUUGUGGAAGCCAAACUGAAAAUAUCCGAUGUGAACUGCGCUGUGCACUUGUGUUCCCUCUUUCACCAGCGCUACGCUGAUUUUGCUCCUUCAUUACUUCAGGCUUGGAAAAAACAUUUUGAGGCAAGGAAAGAAGAGAAAACUCCCAACAUUACCAAGUUAAGAACUGAUUUGCGUUUCAUUGCAGAAUUGACAAUAGUUGGGAUUUUCACUGACAAGGAAGGUCUGUCUUUAAUCUAUGAGCAGCUUAAAAAUAUUAUUAACGCUGAUCGAGAAUCCCACACUCAUGUUUCUGUGGUUAUCAGCUUUUGUCGGCACUGUGGAGAUGACAUUGCUGGCUUGGUACCGAGGAAAGUAAAAACUGUUGCAGAGAAGUUUAACUUGAGCUUUCCUCCUAGUGAGAUAAUUAGCCCAGAGAAACAGCAGCCCUUCCAGAAUUUGUUGAAGGAAUACUUUACGUCUUUGACCAAACACCUGAAAAGGGACCACAGGGAGCUACAAAAUAUUGAAAGACAAAACAGGCGCAUUCUUCACUCCAAAGGAGAGCUGAGUGAAGAUCGACACAAGCAAUAUGAGGAAUUUGCAAUGUCCUAUCAGAAGCUGUUGGCAAAUUCUCAAUCCCUAGCUGAUCUUUUGGAUGAAAAUAUGCCUGACCUUCCCCAAGAGAAACCAACACCUGAGGAACAUGGACCUGGUAUUGAUAUUUUCACACCAGGAAAGCCUGGAGAGUAUGACCUGGAGGGGGGUAUCUGGGAAGACGAAGAUGCUAGAAACUUCUAUGAGAAUCUCAUUGACUUAAAGGCUUUUGUGCCAGCAAUUUUGUUUAAAGAUAAUGAAAAAUGUUCCCAGAACAAGGAUUCCAGCAAAGAUGAAUCAAGAGAUUCAAAAGAUGCCAAAGAUAAUAAGGAAGCACCUGGGAGUGAGGAUUUGGAGUUGGAGCUGGAGAACCUGGAUAUUAAUGAUGAUACCCUGGAGUUAGACUGUGGAGAUGAGGCAGAAGAUCUUACAAAAAAGCUUCUUGAUGAGCAAGAACAAGAGGAUGAAGAAGCCAGUACGGGAUCUCAUUUAAAACUUAUAGUAGAUGCUUUUCUUCAGCAGCUUCCAAACUGUGUCAACAGAGACCUCAUAGACAAGGCAGCAAUGGAUUUUUGCAUGAAUAUGAAUACAAAAGCCAACAGAAGAAAACUAGUACGGGCACUCUUCAUAGUUCCUAGACAAAGGUUGGAUUUGCUACCGUUUUAUGCAAGACUGGUUGCCACAUUGCAUCCCUGUAUGUCUGAUGUAGCAGAGGAUCUUUGUUCCAUGCUGAAAGGGGAUUUCAGGUUUCAUGUAAGAAAAAAGGACCAGAUCAACAUUGAAACAAAGAAUAAAACUGUGAGAUUCAUUGGUGAGCUUACCAAGUUUAAGAUGUUCUCCAAAAACGAUACUCUCCACUGUUUAAAGAUGCUUCUGUCAGACUUUUCUCAUCACCAUAUUGAAAUGGCAUGUACUCUGCUGGAAACCUGUGGAAGAUUCCUCUUUAGAUCACCAGAAUCUCACUUAAGAACCAGUGUUCUUCUGGAACAAAUGAUGAGAAAAAAACAAGCAAUGCAUCUUGAUGCCCGCUAUGUUACAAUGGUAGAAAAUGCCUAUUACUACUGUAAUCCCCCUCCAGCUGAAAAAACUGUGAAGAAAAAACGUCCUCCUCUGCAGGAAUAUAUUCGUAAGCUUCUGUACAAGGAUCUCUCCAAGGUCACCACAGAGAAGGUCCUGAGACAGAUGCGCAAGCUGCCUUGGCAGGACGCAGAAGUAAAAGACUAUGUUAUAUGCUGUAUGAUCAACAUCUGGAAUGUGAAAUAUAAUAGUAUUCACUGUGUAGCCAACCUCUUAGCAGGGUUGGUCCUUUACCAGGAAGAUGUUGGAAUUCACGUUGUGGAUGGAGUGCUAGAGGAUAUUCGACUAGGAAUGGAGGUUAACCAGCCAAAAUUUAACCAACGGCGGAUCAGCAGUGCCAAGUUUUUGGGGGAGCUUUACAAUUAUCGGAUGGUGGAAUCAGCUGUAAUAUUUCGAACUCUGUAUUCUUUCACAUCAUUUGGUGUGAACCCUGAUGGUAGUCCUAGUCCACUGGACCCUCCAGAGCAUCUUUUCAGAAUCAGACUAGUUUGUACUAUCCUCGAUACCUGUGGGCAGUAUUUUGACAGAGGAUCCAGCAAACGAAAACUUGAUUGCUUCCUUGUGUAUUUUCAGCGGUAUGUUUGGUGGAAAAAAAGUCUGGAUGUUUGGACAAAAGACCACCCAUUUCCUAUAGACAUAGACUAUAUGAUCAGUGAUACGCUGGAACUGCUGAGACCAAAGAUAAAGCUCUGCAAUUCACUGGAAGAAGCAAUCAGACAGGUGCAAGACUUGGAACGAGAAUUCCUAAUAAAAUUAGGAAUUGUGAAUGACAAAGAUUCCAAAGAUUCCAUUACCGAAGGAGAGAACCUGGAAGAGGAUGAAGAGGAGGAGGAAGGUGGAGCAGAGACAGAGGAACAAUCUGGGAAUGAAAGUGAAGUAAAUGAGCCAGAAGAAGAGGAGGGGUCUGACAAUGAGGAAGAAGAAGGUGAAGAAGAGGAGGAAGAAAACACAGAUUAUCUUACAGACUCCAAUAAGGAAAAUGAAACCGAUGAGGAGAAUACAGAAGUAAUGAUUAAAGGAGGAGGACUUAAGCAUGUCCCUUGUGCAGAAGAUGAGGACUUCAUUCAGGCAUUGGAUAAAAUGAUGCUGGAAAAUCUUCAGCAACGGAGUGGUGAAUCUGUUAAAGUACAUCAGUUGGAUGUUGCUAUUCCUUUACAUCUCAAAAGUCAGCUCAAGAAGGGUCCCCCACUUGGAGGUGGGGAAGGAGAGUCAGAGUCUGGAGACACAAUGCCAUUUGUCAUGUUAACACGAAAAGGCAACAAACAGCAGGUAAGAGUUUAU